UCGGUCAGCUAAAAAUGUAGAGGCUGCAUCUCGGCUUCGUUCUGGUUUCACGCAUAAAGCCUGGCGCGUCUGUACGUCUGAGCGAAUAUCUAAGCUGACUUAGGUUCGUUUUUAUUGUUAUUCUGAAGUGUGCGAGGGGAUGAGAAUUAGAUCAAUGCUUUAUUUUCUAUCACUGAUGAUUUCGUAUUAAGUGUGGAUUAUAGAAUUGACCUUGGCAUAAAAAAAAACGCUUUUCAAUGCUCGCCUUUGUAACGUCUUUUCCAUAACACACUUUAGUGUUUACUCAAGCACACUCGAUCGGAUAACAUGAAAACCCACAUUCGCAGAUGUGUCAUUAAGAAAUCAAUAAAUUCAACAGGUCGCUAAAAACAAGGGAAUCCAAUAGAAAGUCCCACAUUAUUCUCCAAGCACUGCAAUCAAACUAGACUAGAAACCGACUACGAUUCCGCAAACCCAUCAAACUUUCUCAUCCAUUGAAUUAUCAACCGCAAAAACCGGCCGCCAAAGAAAAAAGAAAAAAAUAAUUCACCGUCGCGGUGUAUACCGUUGCGAUUACGUCGUAAGUUCGUGAGCGACCGGCGAGAGAGAGAGAGAGAGAGAAAGAGAAAGAAUCGAGUGUCGCGGGAGACAGCGCGGAGCCCUGAUCGCGAGCUGGGAUUUUAAUUUAUUCUUGAAUGUACUCGACGACGGAAAUCCACGCGAGAGAGAGUGAGAGAGUGAGCGGACGCGAGCCACGACCUACCGUAACUCGCCACCGCUAUAUGCUGAAAUUUGGAUCAGCUGUUUGUAUGUUUAAUGAACUGACGUAUUAGUGUAGUGGGUCGGGAGUGGGAUUUGCGUAAAUUUUUGUUCUCGGCGAGAUUAUAGCUGGCUGAUUUUGGGUCUAUUUUGAGGAAUAGUUUAUAUAUUCAUUAUUUUAUUUGAAUUUUCUUUUCGACGUGCUUUGGACGAGCCUCCUCGACCGGGACUGGGACAGUGUCGUAUCGCUUGUUAUGAGUUGGCCUGGCGAUUAUGAGAGUGUUAUUGAUUUUCCAACUAACUUUAUCAUCGUGUUACCACUAAUUAUUUUGACAUUUAAACCGAACGCUCUAUAUGAUCGAACUUAUUUUUCUCUGAAUAAAAGCAAGAUACAAUUGAAUAACAUCGGAAAAUUGUAAAAAGAGGCGUUAUCUCACGCCGAUAACAAAUCGAUAUACAGACACGCGUAAAGAGAUUAGAAGCUUUUUGCCUGAUUGUAAUAAUUUCCUGGAAGGACUUUUAUAUCGAUACUAUUAUGUCAAGCUUUUUCGUAAAUGUGUAUAACAAAAUCCCUGCCACGACUCUAUUACGAUAACUGAUGUUGGAUAACGUUGAUCCGGAGGGGAGUAUUUAAAUCAAACAAGAUCUAAUAGUUUAUUUGUCGCCACAAAUGUUAGUAGAGUCUAUAUUUGCCGAAGACUAAUGUACCGCGAAUAAAUCUCGCGAAUGUAACCAACGUCUUUGUCGGUGAGUCGAUUAGCAAUGAUAAUCGUGCAGGUGUAGUUUUCAAAAAGUUGUUUUUCAGUUUUCCCCAAGCGCUGCUAAUUCUCGGCAAAAAUAAAAUUUAACGAGAUAAAAGCUUCUUUUAGUAUUUCUGUACUUCCGUAGUCGAUUGUUAGUUCGAGCUUCAAAAACAAAUUAGCAGCAGUACUAACGCCUUUUUCCCACAAUUGACGUCAGCCGGUCAUAACGUAUCUAUCAAAAUCAUGAUAUACGUGGCGCAAAUUGAACUGUUUUUAAAAAGAAUCCGCACAAGAUCUCUCGAACAAUAAAUCACACGGCUAUCGGCUAAUUCACAGGGAACGGCAGAUUCUGUAAACAUUUCCAUUACUAACUAUAACUCUCUCGUACAAUAGUGUUAUUUUCCAAAGUCUCAAAGGGUUCCUUAUCUAACGAAUCGACACGUGUCACGAAUUUUCGCUUAGAGACUUCGCGGGCCGCACGUGAGGCAUUAUAUACAAAAGCGAAGCGUCUCGCGCCUUUGUAAAGCCGUGUCACACUCGACGCUUGUCGUAACGACAAAGCCCAUGCUUGUUUGUCGCCGUCGAGGUCGAUUCUCGAGGUAUUUUAUAAAUGUACGUAAGCCAACGGUAAAAAAUUCUCACGAGCAUCAGUUGAAUCGAGCUUGAGUGACGGAGGAUCGAAAAAAUAAAAAAAUCGAGUUGCAUCGAGUGGAGCAGAUUUGUUUUUUUUUCCUACUCGUCGCUCUUUCAUUCGGUUACACGAUUUUCCACUGACUUACCGAGAGGCACUUCCAACGAGGAAUUUCUCGCAAGGCGAGCGAUUUUUCGCUCCGGUGCUUUUCCUCUCUCGCUCAGCGUGCAACUUCCUGCGAUGUAUUUCGAUGAAAAAAAAAAAAAUACGUUUUAUUGCUGGAAGCGUGUAUAGUAAGAGCUCAUCGGGUGUGUCAUCCGGCGUUAGAGGCGCAGUAUACUGUUGUUUACUGUCAUCGGGUGGAACAUUUUUUUAUUUAAAAAAUAUACGUUCAGUGAAUCAGAAGGUCUUGUCAACGCGUGAUUUAAAGCAAAGAGUAUUCGAGCACUUGAAAAACGUAUAAUUCAAGGCUCGCCGCGCAUACGCCCUGUCGACUCACCUUGGACGGCCAUGUCAAGGGUCGAGACUGGAUUCUGCGGUGAAUCCACGCGAUCAACGCCUGCACGAGCUGCUGCGAAAAUUCACUUCUGACCCGGUCAUGGAUGUUUGAUAAAUAUCGAAGCGCAACGAACUCUGCACUUGAACCUGAGGAUGAAAUCUCGCGAUAACAUUUAUUCGCCGGAUAUCACAAUGUUGUGAUUUAUACGGCCAAUUACUCAUCGACAAAGUCAAUUCCUCCGUCCUCGGCGAUCUUAAUUAUUCAGCGGAAAAUCAGCAAACAAUGUCCCACCCGAAAAAAUACAUAUUCUAUUUCGAACAGUCCUUCCUCGAGAAGAACAAAAGCUCGAUCAAAAUCAAAUAUCCAAGAGUCACGUCUCCCUAAACUUCCAUACGUACAGCCGCCCCCCCCCCCGCAAACGCGUAUAAACGCAGCGAGCACAAUAACAAGAGCUCGCAAAAUUUACAGUUGUAGCGAUAACGCGGGGCGGAGGCGAUGAUGUAAACAAAACGCUCGAAAAAGCGCAGCGCAGCAAUAGAAGCGGCGGCUCCAUGAGCCUGGCACGCGUCUCGCGAGUGUUCGAGCCUCCUUCUCCAUAGCCCCUCCACUAUACGGCCGGGCGACUGCGCACGAGUCGCUCCUUAUAAAAGCGGCCUCGAACAGCUGCGACGAACCAGUACGUCGCGCAUCGCUCAACGCUACGCGGCACGCGCGCUUUGAACGAGUCGAACUUUCUUUUGGUUCUUCCGUAUAGCUUCUUCCGUAUAUAUAUAUAUAUAAAAGUGUUGAUUGUUUUGUCGCUCGAGGGAGAAAGUUAUAUAUACCAGUGACAAGUCGUGCGUUGGAGUUUAGUUACGCGAGUUGAAAAAAAAAAAAAAUAAUAACAUACCUACAUAGGUAUAGUGUCGAAGGGCGAAAGUCGUCGUUGCGGUUAGAGGAAGCCUCAAAAUGCCAGUCGAAUUGGCGCCGCUCGCUACACCCGCGCACAAAGCCGCUCCUGCGCCUUACAAUGGCAGCCCAAGCAGCAGCAGCAGCAGCAGCAACAGCAGCAUCGAGCCCAAGAUGAACAAGCUGUGCCGGCAGCUGUCGAUCGAGUCGCCCUCGGUGGGCGGCCGGGAGUGCGUCUUCAGUUUCGACGUGCCGGUGCCGGAUGUGCCGGCCCGGGGAGCCCGGAUCCGAGUCGUCUGCGCCGGCGCCUGCUAUCACCCGAAGCGUUCCGGCUCGCUGACGAGCCUCAACUCCGUCUCGAGCGGAAGCAGCCUCGCGACCGACGUCUCCGUCGAGGGUGACUUCCCCUCGAUGCUGCCCCAUCACGGCAUGAGGGACGCCGCGCUUUUCCCCGGCUACGAGGUCGCCGGAGUCGUCGAGAGCCUCGGCUCAGAGCUGACCGAGGACUGCGGCGUCAAGCUCGGUGACAGGGUUAUCAUGUAUCCGUACGAGGGUAUACCCAACGGCUACGUCGAGUACCUCGUCGUGCACGACCUCAAGUACCUCAUCAAGGUGCCGGACAAUAUGCCCCUCAGCGUCGCCGCUAUGCUGCCCGCAGGUGCUCUGCUCGCCAUGAACACCGUGCACGCAGCCCACGAACUCGUUCAGAGCCUGCUGGAGGAGCGCGGCGACAACAGCGUCUGCAAGAUCCUGAUAGUCGGCACCGGUGGACUGGCCCUCUGGGCCCUCAGAAUCGCAGCAUACCAGUACUCGAACAUGAAGGACCGCGUGACCAUCACCAUCGCCUCCCUCAAGGACGACGGCCUCAUGAUGGCUCAGGAAUUCCAACGUUGGUACUUUGAUUACAGCGUGAACGUGGUCCAGUGGAGCGAGGACCUCUACGAGAAGCAGCUGAUCGAGCGCACGAUGGACGCUUGCGGCGGCCAGGUCGACGUGGUCAUCGACUUCGGCACGACGUCCCGCAGCCUCCACCGCAGCAUGCAGUGCCUCGGCAAGGGCGGCGUCGUCUUCGUCAUCAAGGAGGUGGCCGAUCGCCUCCUGCCCAAGUUCAGCCGUCGCGCCGAGGAGCGCCAGCAGAAGAUCCAGCCGGUGGAACCGGGCAACCUUGAACAGCUGCGCGAGCUCGUCCAGCUGGUCGGCUCCGGCGAGAUCGAGCCGCCGCCCCACACGGUCUAUCCGGCCGAGGACGCCCUCGACGUCGUCCAGAAGCUCUGCCACUCCGAGAUACAGGGCAGAGCCAUCCUCCGCUUCUACCCGGCCGAUUAAGCCGCUGGACGCGCGCCGACACGACUCGAGAGUUUCGCUGAUGACGAGGCGGAAUUUUCCAUUAUUAUUACGCGACGGGAGAGCGGAUGGCUCGAUUCCUCUCCGCGACGUCUCUAUAUACUCGCCAUGGUUUUGUGUUCCGGCCGCCCGGAUGAUGCCGCGGCUCUGGACGAGAGAUAUAAGGAACGACGAGAAUACGAUUGUGCGCAGCAGCGAUGUAGAGAGAGAGAGAGAGAGAGAGAGAGAGAGAGAGAGCAAGGAGCGAUCGAAAGCGGAACCUAAUAUUACAUUAGUAGCGUAUAACAGGCGUUAUUACGUACGCACUUGAUACGUAAGCAGGCAGAGAAAAGAAAAAAAUAAUAAUGUCGCUUUUAUCGCUGUUUCUCUUUUUAGGAUCAGUAUUUUUUUCUUUCGCGCUUCGGUUCGCGUUACGUUAUUGUUACACUUUAUCGUAGACUCGUGUGCAUGUGACGCGCGUUAUGAGAAUGCGCUGGAAAGUAGAGGCCGGAGUGAGAUGGACGAGUCGAGUAUACGCUAUGAUCGAUCGUGAAAGAAAUCACACACUGUAUACUCGACGCGAUGGAUUUAUAUCGCGAUUAUGACGAUUGAUAUAACUUGUACCUUGAAAGACUGUUCGUUUAAUUUUUAACGUGUAUAUCGUUAUGUAUUACGAUUAUUAUGUAUGAAAGCGUCUCUUUUUUUUAUUGUCGUAGCUGUAUAAUUAGGAUUAAACGAGUAAGAGAUAUCAGCGUGUAGCUAUUAAGCAAAUAUUAUUAUUACUUGUAUAACGUAUGUAAGAGCAGACAUUACGUCACUUUGUAAACGUUAUAUUGAGCGCCGUUUCGCUAAACACGGCCGGUGUAUUAUAAAGAAACAGAAUUGUACUGUACGAUGAUAAUACAUAUGACAAAAUACGUUUUUUUUUUAUAAAUGGUCUCACACUC